AUGAGUGAUGACGAUGAGUAUGCAUGGAAACUGUUCGAACCGAGUAAGAAUAGUUCUAAAACGACUACUACUACUACUACUACUGAUACUGGAAUCGGUAUGUGUUCAGUGGGCAGUACAGCGAAACAAUUUUCGGAUUCAACUGAAGCUGUAAUUCUUGAUGCUAUCCAACUGAAUAUUCGAUUAAAACAUAGCUCUGCACAUUUGCAAGCAUUUGUCGAUGAACUCAUGCGACCAAACGAACAUAUUCGUUGCAGCGAAAAUGGCCAAUGUGUUUCAGUACUUCAUCAAUAUGCACUCAUAUCAACUCGUGGACCGAUCGAUAUGAGCAAUCAAAGUGCACGCACAAUAUAUAGGCCUAAUUUGUUCAUUCGAAAAAAUGAUGCUUUCGGACCGUGGAAUUUCAAUUAUUUGCUUAAUCUUCUUGAAAUCGACUAUCAAUGUAAUGAGCCCAAUCGAAGUGAAUUUCCAAAAGUGUGGAAAACAAGUCCAACGACUAAAGUUCAAGUGCAUCGAGAAGAAAUGAAAAUGAAAGAUGUAUCAACAAAUACUGCAAGCAACGAUAAUGACGUCACUCUUGAUGAUCUUCUCAAAAAGAUCUGUCGACAAAACAACUGUGAUGAAGGAGAAGCAAUUCUUUGGAAAAAAGCUUUAAAAGGUAUGAACUUAUUUAUAAUCAACUACAAGUGA